AUGCAUGCGCAGGACGUGUAUUACGAACGAGACAAGGUCUUCACGGAAGAGCGCAAGACAAAGGCUUGGAAGGAUACGACCGAAACGGUUCAAAAGUAUAGUGACGAGAUGAUCCGGCGUUGGAAAGAGGAGAUCGAUACCUACCUCGUCUUCGCGGGUCUUUUCUCGGCGGUGCUCACUACUUUCAAUGUACAGUCGUAUCUCCUGCUCCAGCCCGCCCCGCCCGAUCCGUCUUUCGCCGUAUUGCAGCAGAUCUCUUCCCAGCUC